GUCACGUCCGUAUGUUUUGGCUUCCUAAAGUAGUGCUUGAGACCGUCGCCUGCAGCGAUCACUUGGCCGGCUCCGCGACGGAGGCGAGCAGGGAGGAGAGGCGCGCGAGAAGCAGCACACUCGAACCAAUCCGCCGCCAUCCCGACAACCAUGGCCGAGGCGAAGGAAACUCAAGAUGACCAUGAAACCUCAACAGAAAAUGCAGAGGAUUCCAAUCAUGAUCCACACUUUGAGCCAAUAGUGUCUCUUCCAGAACAGGAGGUUAAAACGUUAGAGGAAGAUGAAGAAGAACUAUUUAAAAUGCGUGCAAAGCUCUACAGGUUUGCAUCAGAAAAUGAUCCUCCAGAAUGGAAGGAGAGGGGUACAGGAGAUGUCAAGUUACUAAAACACAAGGAAAAGGGAACAAUUCGCUUAUUGAUGAGAAGAGACAAAACCCUUAAAAUCUGUGCAAACCACUAUAUUGCUCCUUUGAUGGAGUUAAAGCCAAAUGCAGGCAGUGACAGAGCCUGGGUUUGGAACACGCAUGCAGACUUUGCAGAUGAACAUCCCAAACCAGAGCUUUUGGCAAUUAGGUUUCUCAAUGCAGAGAAUGCACAGAAGUUUAAAGCAAAAGUUGAUGAAUGCAGAGAAGAAGUGAAGAGAACUCAGGAAGCAGCUAACAAAGCAGCACAAGUAGCAGAAGAAUUAAAGGAGCUUUCCGUCAAAGAUGAAAAAAGCACAGAAUCCUCUGGAGAAUGAGAAGGAUGUUGUCAUAAAUGGAGCAGUAAAAUCAAGGAACAGGCAGAAGUAGUAGAAACAAAGAUCCAGUCCCUCUCUUUUUUUUUUUUUUUUUUUUUUUUUUUUUUUUUUUUUUAAAUCUACAAUGAACUUAAAUUUGGACACUUGGAAUUUUUUUCCCCCCCUUCAAACUUUGAAACACUUCCCAGUUUUCAUUCCCAGUGAAUGUGUGCUCUGCUCAUUUGCCCCAUUCAGACUGUGGAAAUAAGUUGUCUUUUAAUAUUGAUCAUUUGUAAUAUUACUAUUGUGAUGAGGCACAUCAUUCCUACUUUCAGUGGCACUCUUUGUUGCAUAUGGGGUUUUUUUCUCUCCUCACCCCUUCAAAAACUUUAAAAUGGCAAAUUUUGUCCCAGGGGGAAGACUGACUUAGUUAUUUCCCAGUAUGUGCACUUCAAUUUAGUACAACAUGUGCUGCUCUCCUCUAUUAGGAACAUUCCUUAAGAUGCAGAUUUGAGCUUAUUUCUCUAACUUGUAAUGCUACACAAUUAUCUUCACAUAUAUCUAAAUGGAUUUACUUUUGCUAAUGUAAAAUUGUUAGAUUUUUUUGCAAUAGUACUGUAAAGUAGAGCAACUUGAAGGAAAAGAGUAAUAAGAAAAUUCCAAAAUUU